AUGCUGCGCACCGCCCUGCGCAUCGCGCCACGAGCGCCGCUCAUCCCGCCGGUCGCACGCAGAACCCUCGUCGCUUCCACUCGCGCCCUUCGACCAUCGCUCGACACCGUCAAUCCUUCUUCCACCGCUCCACCUCCUCCGAUCGCCAAAAAGUCAGGCAAGGAGGAAGGCACCAUCGCUUCCGUGUUCGCCUCUCUCUCGGGCGGAACCCUGGAAGAUGCCCUCCCCGACCGCUUCGCCUCGCUCAAGCAGUCGCUCAUCACGUCACCCGCGCACGCCGAGCAUCUGCAACGCACCUGGCGAUCCGUCCUCUCCUCGCUCUCCUCCCGCGUCGCCGAAACCAAGCGUCUCGGUGGGGCGUGCAUCCCCACGGUCGACUUUCCCACUGGAAAAGUUGGCAAGCUCGACACGUGGACGGACAGCACCACCUUUGACGCCAUCAAGCAACGUGGCGUCGCAGUCAUCCGCAACGUCAUCCCCGAGUCAACCGUGUUGGGCUGGAAAGAAGAGAUUCGCACCUACGCCCGGGAGAACCGCGCCAAGGGUUUCCCAGCAGACAACCCACAGGUGUACGAACUCUACUGGACGCCACCCCAGCUCCUCGCCCGAUCGCACCCCAACCUUCUCGCUACGUGCAAGCAGUUCCUCCAGCUCUUCCACAAUUCUUCGACGGAAACAAGUGUCGAGCGCACCUGCUCGUUGGAACACCCACUGAACUAUGUGGAUCGACUGCGAAUUCGCCAGCCGGGAGACGCGCAGUUUGCGCUAGGCGCGCAUAUCGAUGGUGGCGGCGUGGAGCGGUGGGAGUGUGGGGAGUUCCGCGCGCUCUGGGACAACAUUACGCGCGAAGGAGGACAGUGGGAGAGUCACGACCCGUGGUCCCUCGGUGCACGGGGUGAACGUAUGACAGCAAGGACGGACAUGUACGACGGUCCUGGGCAGUGUGGUGUUUUUCGACCGCUGCAGGGGUGGUUGAGCAUGUCCCAUACCAGGAGGGGGGAGGGAACGCUGAAAGUGUUGCCGUUCUUGAAGGAGAGCACGGCGUACAUUGUGCUGCGUCCGUUCUUCACACCCGUCAAACCGCGGGAGGCCUGCGCGACAGAAGAAGAGUUCUUGGGGGCGGACAACUGGGCGUUUGAUGGAGAAUCCAGGAAGUUCCCGGGUUGUUCUCUGGGUCACAACAUCGAGUUGACCCCCGCGACUCAUCCUCACCUCGCACUCGACCACACCAUGACCUCCAUCCCAGAGGUGAGGCCGGGAGACAUGGUGCUGUGGCACUGCGACGCCGUGCACUCUGUCGAGAGCAAACACGCAGGGAAGGGAGACAGCAGCGUGCUGUACAUCCCCGCCAUCCCGACGACCGUGGUCAACUGGAAGUACGUGCUGGAGCAGAAGAGGUGUUUCGAAGAGGGCAGGCCGCCCCCUGAUUUCCCCGGAGGUGAGGGCGAGAGUGCGUUCAGAGGCAGGGGAACGCCGCAGAUGGUCGAGGGCCAGAUGGCUAGGGCCAGCUUGGGACUGGAAAAGUUGGAGACGAAGGAAGGGAUGGGAGAGGGAGAGAAGAAGUUGGUCGCGUGGUGCAACGGGCAGCUCUGA